UCCGUGUUUUUUUAAUGUCGUGUUCUAGUCGAUUCCGUAAUACAGAACGAACGAAUUGGAUGAAGACAUGGUCACGGUGGACUAACGAAAAUACCGAAAUUCAACACGAUCGGUCACAUCAUGCUUGUGACUGGUCAGGAAAUCAACGCUAUUGCAAUUGCAAGUUGAACGUUCAACGUUCAACCGUAGUGUUCGAUGUUGAAUUGAAAGUUUACCUUUGGACGUUCACAGAACAAUGAUAUAAAACGUGGCGAACCCAAGAUAUAUACAUCUUCUGGCAUGGCCUCUCGCAAUGCAAGGUCCUCGUUGACAGAACACUGUUUCCCUGCAUUUUACGCCUGCUAUCUGCUGAAGAGCGUGCGGACUCCUCGGUCCACUGCGACUUAUAUCGGAAGUACUCCAAGUCCUCCCAGACGUAUUCGUCAACACAAUGGCGAGAUCACUCAAGGUGCAUGGAAAACGAAGCAUAAUCGCCCUUGGGUAAUGCAGAUGAUCGUGCAUGGUUUCCCUUCCAAAUUGGCGGCGUUGCAAUUUGAAUGGGCAUGGCAACAUCCUUAUAUCUCUCGUCAUCUGAAAGAUGGCGAUGGGAAGGCAGUCUUUAGCCGAGACAGAAGAAAUAAAUAUUUAAAGAACAAUGUUCAGAUUGCGUGUAGCAUGGUCGCGUCGCAUCCAUAUAACACUUGGCCUCUACACGUCAAACUCUUCACAGAGGAAGCUGCGAAAGCAUGGUUUGAGGUCACAAAGGAUUCCAAUGUCUCCAUUCCACUUGGCCUCAGCGUCAGUACAGAACUCGAAGGCGUACAUGGCAGGAGUGGUAAGAUCGGCUCAGGAAGAACUGAUCCUAUCAAUGUGACCGACGAAUCCUUCACCUCGGAGCACUUGAAAAAGGCUUCCAGUCGCGCCUUAGUCGGGGGUUCAUUACGAUGUUCGAUCUGCGACAAUCCUAUUGAUAGUUUCUCAGGAGAUCCCCUUAAUCACGCGUUAUGCCCUUCAUCAGGAUGUAUGGCCGUCUCGCACCUUCGGUGUCUCGCCGACGACUUCCUGAAAUCCUCAACAUCCGCCAUAGUCGACAUUAUUCCCAGGGGCGGUACCUGUCGAGAGUGCCAUUCCUACGUGCUGUGGGGUGAUGUUAUUCGGGGGUGUUAUCGUCGUGCGAAAGAUGAUGCUACUGCGGUUGAAGAUCCUGAUACCGAAGAAGAAAACGAGAGGCAGGACUUAAUACACGAACAUAGUGAUGCGUCGAAUGCGUCCGAGAGACACCUGAUUGAAGGCACUGGUAAAACACCGAAGAAGAGGGCUAAACUCGCAUCAGUAUCUCCGGCCUUGGCUAGACCCUCCAAGACAGCGAAAACUAAGCCUACUGUUAAGAAGCCUGCAUUGAAGAAGAAACUAUCUUCCGCUCCCAUGGCAAGCCGUGAACAAUCGUCAGCUGGCGAAGAGUUCUUUAACUUGAAUGCCAUCAGCUCAGAUGAUGAAUCCGACGGAGUACCGCUAGCACCUUCUGCGCCCAAGAAUAGUUUGCAAGUACCCAGGGCAAAAUCCAAAGGAAGCAGCCUAUCAGAUAAAGCACGAGGAAAACAACGACAGAAAAGUGACAUACCUCGAGCUAUCCCUUUGGUUGCUGCCCGACAAAUGAAUGCUGCGAAGCGAGGUCACACAUACCUUAUGGACGUCCCAGGCGAAGUGGAUUUCUUCGCUCUGGAAGACGGCAUGAGGGAUUCAUCAAAGAUCAGCCCAGAUAGGGUGUUAAUGCCUCCUGAAGAUCCCGAAAAUCCCGAGAAACCUGGUGACCUUGAAGCCGCAUUAUCCUCUCUGUCCAUGUCAUCCCCAGCUCCUUCCGACAAAGAAGACAACGAUAUCAUCAUCAUCUCAGAAUAGAACAUUAACUGUUAUAUACUGGAUGACCGGAAUGCACAGUAGUUCACUCUCAGUAGAUCUCUACAAAUGGAAUAAUAUGCUAUAGAUACAGAUAUACUGAAACCUCAACCACAGCCAUGCUAUGUAGAUGUAUGUGCACUUCAAGGGCGAGUUAGCGUCAUGAUCCAUUGUCCGUGAAGGAUGUCCAACCCAACAAAGUCCUCCAGGUGUU